AUGGCCAAGUAUGGGACACUCUCCCUCUGUGGCUCUGCCAGCUCCUGGCGGAGCAGAGCUCUCGUGCUGUUUUUCCUCCUCUCCUUGGAGAAGACCUCCGCAUCAUAUACUGCCAAGAUCAAACAAAAAGUGGGAGUGUGUCCUAGGAAGCGGUUGGAAUGCAGAAAUCCGAGUUUGAGCUCCUGCAAAACAGACUUCAACUGUGAGGCACAUUUCAAGUGCUGUCAUUUUGCCUGCGGGAGGAAGUGCAUGGAUCCUUAUGAAGAACCCUGCAUGUUACCCUCAGACGAAGGAAACUGCUCCGACAGUUUGACCCGCUGGUAUUUUGACUCCGAGAGGCAUAAGUGCAGAGCUUUUGUAUACAGUGGAUGCCAUGGGAAUACGAACAACUUCCUCAGCAAGACUGACUGUAAGAACGCUUGCUUGUUAAUUGUGAAGAAGGGACAGUGCCCACUGUUCCCUUUCCAAAUGCGAAUGGAGUGCCCAGCCGCCUGUAUGAAUGACAUGGAUUGCCCAGAGAAGGAGAAAUGCUGUGAGUCCAGGUGUGGAUUUAUCUGUGCCCGAGCCUGGCUAGUCAAAACAGGCUUCUGCCCAAGGAAGCCCAUAGUGUGUUCUAAGAUCGAUAAGCCCAAGUGCCUGCAGGACAGUGACUGUCCCCUGGAUGAGAAGUGCUGCACACGCUGCGGGCUGAAGUGCUUGGAGCCCAGACACUGA